CAUUUGGAACUACAAUUCCCAUAAUUUGGGGUUUGAGGGUAAAAGGGAAGUAUAAUGUUGCCAUGGAUUCAGUAAGUUAAUGUGUACUACAACUUGCGCAAAGUUUUUUUAAAUUAUACUUAUUCUAACUUUGUCAUUGUCUCUAUUAAAAGACGGAGGGAUGGACUCUGAAUCUGGAGGGGCGAUGGAGGUGGCGGCGCUCGGUCGGCCUUUCUGCCUCGGGAUGUUGUACGACUGCCGCAGAGACUCACUGGUACCUGGGAUGACACUGUGGGACCGAGAUGAGCUGGAAAAAGAUACGAGAGAGAGUCCAAAACCUUACAGUGACUUUGAGAUUGUUGCAUCUGAAUCAAUUGAAGAUAAAUCUUCAUCUCUAAAGGUUAAAGCUUCUCUUAAAGCAAGUUUCCUGGGUGGACUUGUUGAGGUUGGUGGAUCUGCCAAAUACCUGAAUGAUAGCAAGGCUUCCAAAAAUCAGGCCAGAGUAACACUGAAGUAUGAAACCACCACAAACUUCCAGCAACUGUCAAUGAAUCACCUUGGAACAGACAACGUGAAGCAUCCGUAUGUUUUUGAUAAAGGAAUAGCCACACAUGUUGUCACAGGUAUUCUUUAUGGGGCACGAGCCUUCUUUGUGUUUGACCGUGAGGUGUCAGAGAAGGAAAACCAUCAAGACAUUCAGGGCAACUUGAAGGUGAUGAUCAAGAAGAUUCCACUUCUUGCUAUAGAGGGUGAAGGUUCCCUGAAGAUGGAAGACAAGGACAGAGCAACUGUUGACAAAUUCUCCUGCAGAUUUUAUGGAGACUUUUCUCUUAAGAAAAACCCUGUGUCCUUUCAGGAUGCAGUAGAAGUCUAUCAAAGCCUCCCAAAAUUGCUGGGAGCUAAUGGAGAAAACGCUGUACCAAUGAAGGUCUGGCUGUUGCCACUGACAAUUUUAGAUUCUUCUGCUGCUCAGCUCGUUCGUCAGAUAAGUAUAAGAUUAGUUCAGGAGGCACAGAGUGUCCUGGAAGACUUCAGUGAGCUGCACAUGAGGUGCAACGAUGCAAUGAGGACAACAACUGCUCAGCAGUUCCCACAGAUCGGCAAAAAACUUAAAAGUUUUAAGGAAAUGUUCUCAGAGUUCAAGCUGGAAUUUCAACAAAACCUGGCAAAGAAACUUCCAUCAAUCAGAGGAGGAGGUGAAGAGGAGGCUGUGCUCGCAGAGAUCCUGAAGAAGAGACAUUCGUCUCCUUUCAACAGCAAAAGCCUCAACGAGUGGAUGGACUGUAAAGACAGAGAAGUUUACACUUUAAUGUCUUUCACCAACAUGAUGAAAAGCACAAAGAUCAUCCAAUCUCAAAGUGAUCUGUACAAAGAAACUCUCAGUCCAGAGCAUGCUGUGUGUUUUGUUUUCACCUCACUGGGAAGUGAUGAACCUUACCUCUCAGCUUUAUCAAACUACUUAAGAGGAACAACCGAACCAGACGACGCUCGACAUCCACAUACUCAUGAUGUGGAGAGGGAACAGUGGUUUGCCUCAAAAGAAGUAGCAGAUGAAAUGAGGCAUAAAGCAAAGCUGUUUAUUGACUUUGCAGAGGCCAACAAGGAGAACAAGAACAUAAAGUUCCUGACAGUGGGUUUGACUAACGAGACACAGAAAGGUUCAAGCAUCUACCUUUAUAAAAACAGCUUUUCUGUCAGUGAGAACUUUGAACCUCCUUCAAAACCUGAAACUGUGACAGGAAGUGACAUAAACCACAACAGUGUGACACUGAAGAUUUCUCCACCCAGAUUUGGAGCAGAGAACAUCACCUCCUACUGUGUGGAGUACUGUGUCAGAGGAGAGGAGGGAUGGCAACAACACACAGCAUCAAAGGCUGAAGAAGUCACAGUGAGUGAUCUGAGUCCUGACACUGAGUAUGUGUUCAGAUGUAGAGCAGUGACCUCAGUAGGUGUUGGACCAGUCAAUGAAGUCAAUGCUUCCAUUAAAACAUUGCCUUGCAGUCCUCCUGGAAAACCUCAAGUUGAACCAAGCUCCAGUGAGAUAUCAGUUAGCUGGCAGAAACCUGCUGAGCUUGGACAAGAUGUCCGGAUUUGGAGCUACAUCGUGGAGUACGCCCAAACAGUCAAAGAGGUGAAAGAGGAAGAUCUGCAAUGGAAACAACUGGUGUCAACAGCUGAAGAGGCAAUAAUUUCAGGGCUUCAGUCAGACACAGAAUAUACAGUCAGGAUCAGAUGUGAUUGUGGUUUGGUUGGCAGAAGCAAAGAAAGCAUCACCGUUAAUGUCUGCACAACAAAUUUCAAACCUCUCAAAGAAUACUACAAACAUACAAGUGAAAGGAUGAAUUCUGAAUCCCCCUCAGUUUACAAACUGCCUCUGACAGAAAAGGAAAUCAACAUAGAUGGAUGCCGGAGGUAUGAGUUUGGCAAAGAAAGCUUGAGGAGAAAUCGCACCAUAAUUCUUCUUGGUGCGACCGGGUCAGGAAAGUCCACUAUGAUCAAUGCAAUGAUCAGCUACAUUGUUGGAGGAGAGUGGAAGGACGGUUUCAGAUUCACAUUAACUGAUGAGGAUCAGUCGAGAUCUGGAGCUGAGAACCAGACCUCUGAAGUCACUGUGUACAAAAUCCACCAUCAGGAGGGUUUUAAAAUAAACUACUCACUGACCAUUGUUGACACUCCAGGAUUUGGAAACACAAGAGGCAUAGAAAGAGACAGGAUGAUCGUAGAGCAGCUGCGUAAUCUCUUCUCCUCUGAGCUUGGUGUCAGUGAAGUUGACGCUGUGUGUUUCGUAGCUCCAGCUUCUUCAGCACGAUUCACACCAACACAGAAAUAUGUGCUUGAUUCAGUUCUCUCAGUCUUUGGCAAAGAUGUGGCAGAAAACAUCAGGGUUCUGGUGACAUUUUCACACGGCCAACGUCCACCAGUUCUAGAGGCGAUCAAUGCUUCAGGUGUCCCAUGUCCUAAAACAAAAGACGGACUGCCAGUUCACUUCAAGUUCAAUAAUUCGUCAUUGUUUGCAAAAAACAAAUCAUCUGCAGCAGAGAGCAUGAGUGGGGAAGAUGAUGAAGAUGGAGGCUUUGAUCAGAUGUUUUGGAACAUGGGGACAAAAAGCAUGAAGAGGUUUUUUGAUGCUUUGAAUGUAAUAGACACCAAAAGUUUGGCAAUGACAAAGGAGGUUCUCAGAGAAAGAAAGCAGCUUGAUAUUUCAGUUGUGGAUUUGCAGAAGAAGGUUGAACUUGGUUUAGCCAAGGUAGAGGAGUUGAAAAAACAAUAUAAACAGAAUAUACAUAUGGUAAUGUUUCACGAAUUAAUAAUUGUCGUCUACACACGUGUGCAGGCUGAGGUGGUAACAUUGAUGAAGAGUUUUGCCGAGUGUCUAAACAGACUUAAAGAGAUAGCACUGAAGCCAGAUCUUCUCUCCACUCCAGAGUACAUCGACACGCUCAUUGAAGAAGAGAAAUAUGAAGCCAAACCAGGCUGGAAGCAACGAGUUCAGUCCCUGAUGCACAUGAGAGAAAAAGCUGAGAUCAUGGCUAAAGUAGAGAGAGGAGAGACACUCCUCCAGGAUCAAAGCGGAGCACAACUGUUAUUCCCAGAAUUGUUCAAAAAUCAUGACUAAUAUCAACCAAGUCCAUAUUAAGACCUGAGCAGCUUCCACCAAGACAAAGAGGAGAUCCAUUCUGACUCAGAUAAUAAAGACAGAACAAACAGGACAGAGAGUGAUGAACUGAGACAGUCUCAAUACUGAGAGACUGACACUGAAAUGACUAUGACCAAGAAAAGCUCAGAGAUAAAUGUGUCCGAGAUAAAGACUAAACUGAUGACUGUUUACUUCUGUACAAACAUAUUCCAGCAGGAGUUAUUUGUCUGUGCUAUUUACCAGGAAAACACAGAUUUACUGAGUGUGACCAAAUAUAUGAUAUAACACACAGGAGCAACAUAUUCAAUGAUAUUAAUAAUAACUUUUUCUUAUCGUUUCUUUUUUUUCCUUAAAUUUAAAGUACAUUUUUAUUACACCAGUUUACAUCAUUAAUGUUUUUACCUUGGAUUAUCAGCUUUUUUUUUUAUUUUAACUUUGUUUUAAUCUACAAUUAAUAUGGAAAACACAGUGUGACCAAAUAUAUAAUAUAAAACACCUGAGCAAAAGAUUCAAUAAUAAAAACUUUUUCUUUGUUUUUGUUUUCAAUACAUUUUCAUGUUUUUUGCUCUGGUUGAUCAUUUUAUUUGAACUUAAUCUAAUCUCUUAAUUUUAUUUUCAUGAAUACAAUCAGAAUAAUUUCAGACUCAUGAUGCUGAUGUGUGUUGACUUACAUGUUAUUGUGCUGUGAGGUAGUGCAACAUCUACCACUCACUAAAUAAUAAUAAACUUCACUAUGUAUCAAGUGUUGUUGCCUGUUGUCAUCUGAUGUGUCAGUGUCACUCAGUGGCGGCUGGUGAAAAAUAUUCUAGGUGGGGCUGUACGUGCCAGAAGCUUUCAGUAACUAUCCCAAUAAAAGAACCCAAACCAAAAGAUACCAUUGUUUUAGGGAUAAACAAUAAUCAUGUAAUUGCCCUUUAGAAAUCAACAGUUUGACAGAUAAUGACAAUGAUAUGAGAUGUAUAUUAGUGAUUACUCUUAAUACAAAAUUAAAGUUCUUGAGAGACAUUUACAGUUGGAUGAUGUUUAAAAAUAACUAUAUACAAAGAAAAACUGUGUCAUAGGAACAUAAAAUGUAGCAAUUGGAUUAAAUACAUUAGUGAAUAUUCAUAGAACAAAAUUACAAUAUAAUGGUAUAUUAUAAUAUUUACAGGUGGAUGGUGAUUAAAGUUAACUAUACACAGAAAAAGUGUGUGUGUCUGUGUGAGUGUAUGUGUGAGUGAGGGGGUGAGUGAGUGAGUGAGUGAGUGAGGGAGUGAGUGAGUGAGUGAGGGGGUGAGUGAGUGAG